AUGAAUACUGGACAAGACCGUGUAGUUGCUCUGGUAGACAUGGACUGUUUUUUUGUUCAAGUGGAGCAGCGGCAAAAUCCUUAUUUGAAGAAUAAGCCUUGUGCAGUAGUACAAUACAAAUCAUGGAAAGGUGGUGGAAUAAUUGCAGUGAGUUAUGAAGCACGUGCAUUUGGGGUGACUAGAAACAUGUGGGCAGAUGAUGCCAAGAAGUUAUGUCCAGAUCUUCUGCUGGCACAAGUUCGCGAGUUGCGUGGGAAAGCUAAUCUAACCAAGUAUCGGGAAGCCAGUGUUGAAGUAAUGGGGAUAAUGUCCCGUUUUGCUGUGAUUGAACGUGCCAGCAUUGAUGAGGCUUAUGUAGACCUGACUGGUGCUGUACAAGAGAGACUGAAGAAGCUACCAGAUCACCCUAUCUCGGCUGACAUGUUGCCAACCACGUACAUUGAAGGGUCGCCUCAAAACCCUCCAACAGCAAAAGGGGCUGUUCAGAAAGAGGAGAGACGAAAACAAGGCUUACUACAGUGGCUUGAUUCUCUUCAAAUUGAUAACCCCACCUCUCCAGACCUGCAGCUCACCGUGGGAGCAGUGAUCGUGGAGGAAAUGAGAGCAGCCAUCGAGAAGGAGACUGGUUUUCAGUGUUCAGCUGGAAUUUCACACAAUAAGGUCCUGGCAAAACUGGCCUGUGGACUAAACAAGCCUAAUCGUCAGACACUGGUCUCACAGGGAGCAGUCCCACAGCUCUUCAAUCAAGUGCCUAUUAGCAAAAUCCGUAGUCUUGGAGGAAAGCUUGGGGCUUCUGUCAUUGAAGUUCUAGGAGUAGAAUACAUGGGUGAACUGACUCAGUUCACUGAAUCCCAGCUCCAGAGUCAUUUUGGGGAAAAGAAUGGAUCAUGGCUAUAUGCCAUGUGUCGUGGGAUUGAACAUGAUCCGGUUAAACCCAGGAAACUACCCAAAACCAUUGGCUGCAGCAAGAACUUCCCAGGAAAAACGGCUCUUUCUACUCAGGAGCAGAUACAAUGGUGGCUUUUGCAAUUAGCCCAGGAACUAGAAGAGAGACUCACCAAGGAUCGAAAUGAUAAUGACCGGGUGGCCACUCAGUUGGUUAUAAGCAUCCGUGUACAAGGAGACAAACGUCUUAGCAGCCUGCGCCGCUGCUGUGCCCUCACCCGCUAUGAUGCUUCCAAGAUGAGCAGUGAUGCCUUUGCUCUCAUCCGGAAUUGUAAUACUUCAAGAAUUCAGACUGAAUGGUCCCCUCCCCUCACGAUGCUUUUCCUCUGUACCACCAAAUUCUCUACUUCUGCCGCUCCUUCCUGCACAGACAUCACUCCCUUCUUGAGCAGUGACUCAAGUUCUCAGCCAAAGAGUUCUGAAGUCAAGACCCCAGGAAGUGGCCCAGCAGUGACACCUAACAAGAAAACAGUCAGUUCUCUGGAAUCAUUCUUCCGCAAAGCUGCAGAAAGGCAAAAACUCAAAGAAACUUCCCUUUCAUCACUGCCUGCCACUACCCAGGCCCCCAUAAGUAAUCCACCAUCUGAACCCUCACCACCUUCCCAAACCAGUCUCGCUGAGGAAGCUGUACCCUUCUCCGAGCAGAAAAGUCUGAAUAACACUUCCGUAGUCAUCCCUGCACAAAGUGUAUUGUCUGGCCCUACUGUGUCUCCAGACCGUCUUCCAACAGAGAAUCCAGGUUGUGCUCCUGUCAGUGAAGAGCCGCUCAAGCCAGGCCCCUCUAAAGCAACUCCUGCAGAGAUGAACUUGGUCCUGAACAGCCCAAGCACACUUGCGUCAAAUUCCAAGCUGGCCCUGGCAGUAGCUCCGAAGGCAGCUACUCCCCCACAUCUUGCAACUGCUGAGGACCAAGUGCCCUGUGAGAAGUGUCACGCUCUGAUACCUGUGUGGGAGAUGCCCGAACAUGCCGACUAUCAUUUUGCAGUCGAACUGCAGAAAUCUUUUUGGCAACCCCACUCCUCAACCCCCCAGGCAGUUCCUACCAGUUCUCCUCAGAAAAGAACUCCUAAGAGUCCUUUGGCCUCUAGUAAUAAACGCCCAAGGCCUCAGGGGAUGCAGACAUUGGAAUCAUUUUUCAAGCCGUUAACACACUAGCAUUGCGCUCAGGCUUGCCGCAAAGUCCUAAUAUUCUAAAAUUUAAAAAUUCAAUUCUGCACUUCUUAAAGAAUAUUCAUAACUGUAAAUAUUUGAAUUUUAGGAUUCUGAUAGCUUAUGAAAGUUCAUUAAAUUUUUAGCCCUUGAGGAUCUAUCUAGAUGUUUCACAUCAUGAUUGCUAACACGCUCUUAAACUAUGAAGCUUUUAAUUUUUUGUUUGAUUUUGGGCCUACAGUACUUGGGAAUUACUCCUGGCUCUGAAUUGAGAAAUUACUCCUUGUCAGAGAUUAAAUCCAGGUUGACUGCAUGCAAGACAAGCACCCUACCCAUUGUACUCGCUCACUGGCCCCUAAAACUCUGACAUUUUUAAUUGGAAAAAAGUUACAUUAGAUGCUGAAUUAAAGAUCUCAUCUCUUCGUAGGCUGGAUUCUAAUCCCACUGCCAAUUGAGAUGUAAAAAUUUUUAGAGAUAUAGUUGCUUUGAAAAAAAAUUUUAAGUUUAGAAAAAAUGUUUUUUAUUGCUUUUUGGGUCACACCCAGCAAUGCUCAGGGGUUACUCCUGGCUCUGCACUCAGGAAUUACUCCUGGCGGUGUUGGGCAAACAUGGGAUGCUGGGAAUCGAACACAGGUCUGCUACGUGCAGGACAAACGCCCUACCUGCUGCACUAUUGCUCCGGCCCGUAGAAAAAAUUUUGGAGAGCUAUAUCUGGCUGUACUCAGGGAUUAUUCCCAGCAUUGUGCUCAGGGGACCAUGGAAUGCUGGGAAUUGAACCUCGGCCUCCCACCGGCAAAGGGAAUCCUUUAAGCCCUCUGGCUCCUGUGUUUUGUUUUAAUUUUUGGGUUGGCAGCAUGCAAGGUGAGCUCCUUCCCCCCACACCCAUGUCCUCUUUCUGGCCUCCUCCUCCUGGAGGUCUCUGAGCACAGGGCCAGUAGUAAGCUCUAAGUACUGCCAGGUGUGGCCCCAAAACAAACAAAAAAUAGGAUGAGAGCUAGGUCAAACCGAGUCACUUUUCUCAUUUGAGAAUAAUGCCUUAAAUGGCAAAGAUUAAGAAGAUGUUUUUAACGUUGAAGAACUGGCUCCAGAGCUGAAGCAUAUUUCUCAUGUGUAUAAGGCCCCAAGUUUGAUUAUCCCACCACAAAAGGAAAACAAACAAUGGUGUACUUUUAAAGUUGGCACUGAAAGAGAACUGAGUAAAAAAAAAAAGUCAACCAAAAAAAAAAAUUCCUUCCAGUUCUGUGACUGGGCUGGUUUAGUAUUAAUCUUUUUUUUUUUUUUAAAUUGAAUCCCCGUGAGAUAGUUACAAAGCUUUCAUGAUUAAGUUUCAGUCAUACAAUGAUUGAACACCCAUCCCUCCACCAGUGUACAUUUUGCGCCACCAAUGCCACAAAUGUUCCCAUUAUCCCUCCCUCCACUCCCACCCUAUCCCACCCCUGCCUCUGUGGCAGGCACCUUCCUUCUUACUCUCUACUUUUGAGCAUUAUGGUUGCAACACAGAUACUGAGAGGCCAUCAUGUUUGGUCCUUUGUUUACUUUCACCACACCUCUCAUCCCGAGCAAUUCCUCCAGCCAUCCUUGACUUAGUGGUUCCCUUCUUCAUCCUAACUGCCUUCUCCCCCAGCACAUGAGGCAGGCUUCCUACCACGGAGCAAUCCUCCUCCCCUUGUCCCUACUGCCUUUGGUUGUUAGUCUCAUACUGUGUUCUUUUAUAUUCCAUAGUAUUAAUAUCUGACCAAACUGUAAGCCUUGAAACCCUGAAGUGACAGGACUACUUUGGGGCAGGUUCCUGUACACAAAAGCUGUUCAAUAAAUACUGA